AUGGCUACUGCAACAUCUCCUCAAAUUAGGAAUCUCUUUGUUAGUGUUAUUCUUUUCUGUGAUGUUGCUGAUCCAGAAGUUUUGUUCAAUAAAUUCUUGCGCUCAAUGUAUGAUGAUAUUAUUACUCGUUUCAAAUCCAGCUUUGCCAUGCCUAAUCUUAAAUUAUUCGAUGAUGAGCUUAAAAACUAUGUUCUAUAUGAGCUUGAGCUUCUCUUCAAUGUUGCUGGCACAUCUCUUGAAAAACACAAGCUUCCAAUGCCUGAUGGGCGUUUAUUGUCAGAAAUAAAGAAUAAACUUUUGAGAGAAGAACUUAACUACGAUAUUGUAGAUCUUAUAUGUCAACAUUCAUCAACUUUCCCACAUCUCAAUCAAUGUCAACUAAAUGUUUAUGAUUGUGUUGUUAAAUCUGUCCUUGAAAAAAGACAAGAAUUAAUUUUUGUUCAUGGCCAUAGAGGAACUGGGAAAACAUUUUUAUGGCAUACAAUAAUUAAUCGAUUGAGAUCAGAUGGUUUGAUUGUCUUUGUUAUUGCAUCAUCGGGUAUUGCAUCACUUUUGCUUCCUGGUGGUGACACAACUCAUUCAAGAUUUAAGAUCCCCCUUACUUGUUGCUUUGAGGCAUUAGACAGAUCACUUCGUGAUGUCCUAACAAAUGGUAACGACUUGCCCAAUGAUAAACCAUUCGGUGGGAAAUCAAUUUUGUUAGGAGGAGAUUUCAGACAGAUUUUACCUGUUAUUCCCGAAGGAACAAAGGAAGAUAUUAUUCUUGCAUCUCUUUGCAGCUCUGUUUUGUGGUCUAAAUUUAAAGUUCUCACUCUUACACAGAAUAUGAGGCUAUCAUCCAAUGGACUUUCAAAUGAUCAAAAGAAAGAACUUGCUAUUUUUGGCAACUGGAUUCUUGCAAUUGGUGAUGGAACUCAACAAGAUGCUUUAUUCCCUGAUGAUUAUGAUGCAUCCAUGAUUAAAAUACCACAAGAUCUUUUGCUUGAAGCUGGAUCUAACCCCAUAUUAGCAAUUGUUUCAGCAGUGUAUCCCUCUAUUCGUGAUAUCAAUAUUGAUCCAUGCUAUUUUAGAGAGAGAGCAAUUGUAACUCCAAGAAAUGCUACAGUUUCUGAAAUCAACAAUUUUAUCUUAAACAUGUUGCCAAGAAUGAAGCGGAUUUACCUAAGUACUGAUACUGUUUGCAAAACAUCGAGCGAUGGUGACAAUGCAAAUAUUUUGUAUCCUGUUGAAUUUAUCAAUCAACUUGAGUUCAAUGGAAUGUUAUCCCACAUAAUUUCCUUGAGAAUUGGCAUACCAAUAAUGCUUUUACGCAAUCUUAAUUUAUCAACUGGUUUAUGUAACGGAACAAGACUUAUUGUUACGCAACUUGCUGAGAAAAUCAUAGAAGCUCAAAUAAUAACAGGCUCUUUUAUUGGCAAUCGUGGUGGAGCUAUUCAAGGUUUAGCUAAAACAAGGGAUCUCCCAACAUUUGCAGCAAUAAUUAUUGAAGGAAAUCACUAUGAAAUCAAAGGAUUCUAUAUUUAUGAAAACAGAGCAGUAAACACAGUUGUUGUCCAUGAUGUUGUAAUUGAUCUCAAAUCUAACACAAAAAUUGCAGGCAUUGAAGCUAUUACACCUUAUAUUCCUAGAUGCUACUUCAAUUUUAUUGACUAUGCACAUAUUCUGACCAAGUCAAAAGGCUCCAGAAUUCUUACAGGUUUACCAUCUACUUCAUUCAUUUAG